UGAAAGUGCCGAUCUCGUCUGAACCAACGAGCAGUGGCAAUCACCUUAUCGCUAAAGAGCCUGAUAAAGCCAGGCGAUUGGAGCUUCAAUUCCUUGCAGAUAAGGAUGCCGACCGCAUGGCCUAGACCCCAGCGAAAGCGACAAAUAUAUGUGCCAGGGAGACCUCGAGCACCCUAGAAGUCUCCCCACAACUUUCAUCGGUGUCAUCUGUUUGUUGUAAGAAUAAUGACUGCCCACGAGUUGCCAUCGAGCAGCGCAUCAGCGCCAUUGACUGAGGAUGUCCUCACACUUGAGAGCUUCGGCUACAAGCAGGAGCUCAAAAGAGGCUUUUCGCUCUUUGGCAUGAUCGGCUUUGCCUUCUCAGUGUUGACCUGUUGGACUGCACUGGCUGGCUCUCUAGUCGCUGCCAUUGAAGCCGGGGGACCUCCUGUCAUCAUCUACAGCUGGAUAGGCGUCUGCUUCUUCUCACUGUUUGUCGCCUACUCAUUCGCCGAGAUUUGCAGCGCCUUCCCUGUCGCUGGUGGUCAAUACUCGUGGGUGGCCAUUUUGACGCCGCCGAAAUGGGCCAGACUCACCUCUUACUUGUGCGGCUGGUUCAUUGUCAUUGGUUUCUUGUCUGCAGGAGCUGCGAAUGGCUUCAUUGGGGCUUCCUUCGUGCUCGGAAUGGCACAGUUGGCAAAUCCCGACUAUACGAUUGAGAGAUGGCACACGUGCUGUCUUUGUUAUCUCGUGUUGAUCCUCGCCGCUGCCGUCAAUAUCUGGGGCCGGCGCCUACUCAAUGCGAUGGGGAAGAUUAUGAUAACCUUCAAUCUGGUGUCCUUCAUCGUCAUCAUCAUCGUCAUCUUGGCCAAGGAUCAGGACAAGGCGACCGCGGCGUUCGUCUUCAAAGACUUCAAUAAUAACACCGGUUUCUCGAACAGUUAUGCAAGCUUGUUGGGGAUCCUACAGGCAGCUUUCGGAAUGACAGGAUACGACGCAACAGCUCAUAUGACGGAAGAAAUGAAGAACGCCCGGCAUGAUGCUCCCAAGGCGAUCAUAUUUUCAGUAUGGAUUGGUGCACUCACGGGUUUCGCCUUCCUGAUUGCAGCGUUCUUCUGCAUCCGCAACCUCUCGGCUAUCGAGACGACUUCGACAGGUAUGCCAAUCAUCGCCAUUUUCUACGAAGCUACCGGGAGCGUUGGAGGCGCAAUCGGCCUGACCACCCUCAUCACCGUUAUCGCCUUGGUCAGCUUGUGCUUCCUCAUGGCCCAAAGUUCCAGAGUCAUCUUCUCUUUCGCUCGCGACCAUGGGCUGCCAUUUUCCGACACUAUCAGCAAAGUCCAUCCUACGCUUCACGUACCCGUUUACAGCAUCUUGACCGUCCUUGUUGUCAACAUGGCCUUGAUGGCGAUCUACUUUGGAUCCGUCACUGGAUUCAACACUGUGUUGGGCAUCUCAACUGAAGGCUUCUAUUUGUCCUACAUCAUGCCCCUCCUCAUGCGCAUUUGGGGUCGUGUGAGUGGUAGAGGCGAAAUUGACAGUGCCUACUCGCUGGGUCGUUUCGGCAUGCUCUUCAACGUGAUUGGCAUCCUUUACCUAGCCUUCGCUGCCAUCGUGUUCAACUUUCCGUCAACCAACCCUGUGAACGGCAGCACCAUGAACUACACCUCGGCUGCCGUGGGCGUCAGCGGUCUAAUCGCUACUGCCACCUGGUUGACGACUGGACGUACACGUUUCACGGGUCCUCAGCGAGGUGGUAUCUUGGAAGGUAGAGGACCCAGGCUCAACGAGGAUGCUCAUCACGUCCAUCCUGCUCAUGACCCCCUGAAAGGUAAUCUGAAGGAUUAAAAAGUAUAAAUGCAGCGCUCACUUGUACAAUACCCUGUACAAGCACUUGUCCGGAAUGGACUGGCGUUAUUGUGGGAUUUGGCGGGAACUACGUCGUUCACCUCUGCUGUUACGACAUCACGGAGGCACUUGUUCGGAACGAACUGACGACGACACUUUUGAUUUAUUUGGAUUUGAUUUUUUAUGAUACCC